CACGCCUCCGGUCUUCAGCGUCUGAUCACAUCUCCUAGCAACAGUUUCAUCCAGUGCACUCCGAAAUGGCUCAGCUGUCCAAUUCCCCGGGGAGCUACACAUCUCCAUUCUGAAUAAGAAACUCGGCAAAAUGGUGCUGCAAGUUGGUCUCACAGGGCGAAGAUCCUUUUCGACUUAAUGGUAUUCCCCCGCACCUCUUCUUUCCUGGAGCCCGACAAAAAUAGAAAAUAUGAAGACGCCACCAUUUUUCUUGAUGACCAUCUUUGUGAGCUGCAUGGUCCUCAAGAGUCUUUGCCUAACUGUUUGCAGCAAACCGGUGGCACUUGAGUGGCACCUGGACCAGAUCCUCGUCCAAAUGAACUUGACAUUCAUGGAGAACACGUGCGGCACCACUGAAGACUGUUGGGGUUUCCAUGGCGGAGAUGACCUUCAUGCACCAUUUAACUUCCCACAGAUUUGCCCACUUCAGUUGCAGCAGGGUGACAAACUGGUUCUCGUCACCGAUGAGACACUGGCGUCAUACGGCGUCAGCCUUCUCAACGUGUCGAAAGCCGAUUUUGAGAGUUGUUCUGCUGACGGGCUAGCAAGAGACCAGUUCGUUUUUCCUCGGCGCUUAAACACAAGAGAAGAAGUGGAGAGCAAGUGGCUCGAGCCAGGCCACCACUACUUCAUUGCUCUGCAUGAUAAAGACACUCAGUUGUGUAAACACGGCUUGAGGCUCAACGUGCUGGUCAAGACACAACUAUGCCAGUCCUCCCCUCUGGUCCCACUUUGUUCUGGGAAGGGUAUCUGUCAAACAGACAACCAGGAACCGACUUACUCAUGCCGAUGUCACCACCGCUACUCCGGGAGGUUUUGUGAAAAGUUUGACCCUUGUUUGGACAGUCCUUGUAAAAACAAAGGGGUGUGCUUGAGUAGCGGCUCUGCGGAAUCGAACCACAGGACGUAUAAAUGUCUGUGUCCUCCACAUUUUACCGGGACAACCUGCACGGAAUUCAUUGGGAAGGAAAAUUGUGACAAAUUAUGUCCAAACGGGACAUGCGUUCAAGUGUCAUCCGGCUCCUUCACGUGCAUCUGUGGUGCAGAAUUCUCAGACCCACCUUGUGAGAGAAAAUCAACUUGUGAUCCAAAUCCAUGCAGAAAUGGAGGCAUCUGUGAGGAGACUCCCACAGGUCCUGUGUGUCAUUGUCCUGAGAGCUUCAAGGGCCUCUACUGUGAUUCUGCAGUCGCCGUUGAUUGCAUGUCAAACGCAUGUCAGCAAGAUCAAAUUUGCGGUGCAGGAGAAAAUGCUUCUGAAUGUGCGUGCGCAGAUGGUAAAGUGGUCCCAGCAUGCAAGAGAGAGCGGCGGAACGUGUGCAGGCCAUCACCGUGCCUCAAUAAUGCCACCUGUGUGUCCAGGGGACGUGAUUAUGUGUGCAGAUGUCUGCGGGGCUUUUCGGGGAAGAAUUGUGGAGAAGUAAUUGACUACUGCCGCCUGCUCAAUAUCAACUGUCUAAAUGAGGGAUUGUGUUUGAGUGUAAUUGCCGGAUAUCAGUGUAUCUGUUCACCAGGAUGGAUGGGAGAAUUUUGUCAAUACGUGAGCAAUGCCUGUCUGAUAAAACCCAACAGAUGCUUGAAUGGAGCCACAUGUAUUACAACAAGCCAGAUGUCGUCUCCUCCAGAGUACGUCUGCAAAUGCACAAACGGAUUCACAGGAGCACACUGUGAGACGGAGAUCAACGAGUGUCACUCCAAUCCCUGCCGGCACAAUGGCAUAUGCUUUGACCUGGUAGGACACUAUGAAUGCCAAUGUCCCACAGGUUUUCUUGGCAAGAAUUGUGAAUUGGACAUAGAUGCUUGUGAGCUAAACAGCCCAUGUCCACCAAAGACUCUGUGUGUGGAUCUCGCUGAUGGUUUAAAAUAUACCUGUCGUUUGCCCUGCCCGUCAAGCCUUCAGCCAUGUGCCAAUGGAGGGCGCUGUGUGUUGAAUAACGGCAAGAGCUACACCUGUAUCUGCAGCCCGGGCUGGUCGGGCCAUAACUGUCGGACAAAUGUCAAUGAUUGUGUUCAACAUUGGUGUCAAAAUGGUGCCACUUGUGUGGACGAAAUUGACGGUUAUAGCUGCCUUUGUCCCAUUGGAUUUUCUGGCUCCUUCUGUGAAAAGGACAUUGAUUACUGCGUGGACCACAGCUGCUCUGAACAUGGGAUUUGCGUGGGUCAGCGGUGGAAUUUCACCUGUCGUUGCGCUCUUGGAUAUGAAGGGGCCCUGUGCGAACUGGAAACAAAUGAAUGUGACACCUUGCCUUGUGCAAACGGGGCCACGUGUGAGGAUCUCAUCGGUGACUAUCGAUGCCACUGUUCCCCGGGCUUUGAGGGAAGGAGAUGCGAAGAGAAUGUGAACGAUUGCUGGUCACAGCCUUGUCUCAAUGGUGGCUUGUGUAUGGAUCUGAUAAAUGACUACAUUUGUCAUUGUCCUCUUGGGUUCAAGGGCAAAGACUGCUCCAUAGAUAUUGACCUUUGCUCAUUUGGGAUGUGCACUGAACAUACAGUAUUGUGCACGGAAACAAAGGAUGGGCAAAACGUGUUUUGCCUAUGUGAAAGAGGGUUUGCAGGGUCAUUGUGUGAAGUCAAUCUCAACGAGUGUGAGUCAAAGCCAUGCCAAAAUAAUGGCGCUUGUGUGGAUGGCACUGACCUUUAUCAUUGCUUCUGCUCAGAGGGGUUCGAAGGGUCAAACUGUGAAAUCAAUUAUGAUGAAUGUGUUCAUGGGUACUGCGCCAAUAAUUCCACAUGCAUUGACUUGGUUGCGGACUAUGAGUGCAUCUGCCCGUUGGGCUUUGCUGGUAAGAAUUGCUCAGUUGCUCUCUCAGCAUGUAUGGAUGUUGAGUACUGCAAAAAUGGAGGAACCUGUUUCCAUGACUUAACCGGAGAGCUACAAUGCAUUUGCCCACCAGGACACCACGGCAGUGACUGCUCCUCAUCUGUAAACCCAUGUGUGUCCAAUCUCUGUGACCCUGACGGGACUCUCCGCUGUGAAGGUCUUGCAAAUACCUACAUGUGUGUUUGUCAACGUGGCUUCACCGGGACACGCUGCGAAACGCCUAUCAACCAUUGUGUUGACGGCCUGUGUCAAUAUGGAUCAACGUGCUUGGACCAUUGGAGAGGCUUCAAGUGUGAUUGUUUACCAGGUUGGACUGGUCUUUAUUGUGAGCUGAACAUGAAUGAUUGUGAGAGCAAGCCCUGUGGUGCCUUGAGUGUUUGUAAAGACACUCUCAGUGGCUACGUUUGCUUCUGUGCACCUGGAUUUAUCGGUGAUAACUGUGAGGUUGAAGUAAAUGAAUGCCUCAGCCAGCCUUGUAGAAAUGGUGGUUCCUGCAUUGAUGGUGUCGCUUCUUUCAGUUGCCUGUGCCCUUUUGGAUUUACAGGCAGUUACUGUGAAGUCAGCGCAGAUGAGUGCACGUCAUCUCCCUGUUCUGGCCUGAACAACGCCACUUGCGUGAACCGCGCUCAUGGCCAUGGAUGCGUGUGCGCAUCUGGCUUUACAGGAAACCUCUGUGAGCUUCACAUUCAUGAGUGUGCUUCAUCACCCUGCAAGAAUGGAGCCACAUGCAUUGACCAACCCGGUAAUUACGUCUGCCAAUGUCUGGAACCUUUUAAAGCCGUGUAUUCCCUUUCAGACCCUCAUAAAUUUGAGUUCAAGGAAUCAGGUCCAAAUUGUGACUUGUUACCCUGUGAGGCCAGCAAUCCCUGUGAGAAUGGAGCCUUGUGUGUGGAAGAGUUGGAUGAGGACCAUUACCCUUUGGGGUUCCGGUGCCGCUGUCACAGAGGAUUUACGGGCCCCCGCUGUGAAAUCAACGUGGAUGAGUGCAGCUCGAACCCAUGUGUCAAUGGCUUUUGCUAUGAUGUUGUAGAUGGCUUUUACUGCCUUUGCAGUCCUGGUUAUGCCGGCCUGCAAUGUGAGAAAGACAUUGACGACUGCGUGAACAAUCUGUGCAGUGGCAACUCAAUAUGUAAGGAUCUCCAUCUGAGUUACGAGUGUGUGUGUCACUCCGGUUGGGAAGGAAAGUACUGCCAACAAGAAAUGGAUGAAUGUUUGUCACAUCCCUGCAAAAACAAUGCCACCUGCACUGAUUUCAAUGGCUACAAGUGUAUGUGCUCACCAGGCUGGACAGGUGCAGACUGCAGUGAAGAAGUGAAAGAGUGUGAAUCUGGGCCUUGUCAAAAUGGCGCUCGGUGUCAGGAGUCACAUGUACCUGAGGAUUUCUUACGCACCUGCCCCCCCUUUCUCAGCGGCCCAUCGUGCAACCAGCCUUAUGACCCAUGUGAUCCCCUCAACAAUCCCUGCCUGCACAACUCCACCUGCCUGACACGCUCCAAUGGAACGGCCUUCUGCACAUGCCCAGCUGGAUUUGAAGGAAGCCGGUGUGAAACCGACACCAAUGAGUGCAUUUCGAAUCCUUGCCGAGACCACGGCGACUGUCUGGACCAGGUCAACGGGUACAGCUGUGUUUGUCGAAUGGGAUUUUCCGGCCUCCACUGCGAGCAAGACAUCAAUGAGUGCUCCUCACAGCCUUGCCUCAAUGGCGGAACUUGUCAAGACCUAGUGAACAAGUUUCAGUGCAGUUGUCCUCCUGGAUAUUUCGGAGCGCUCUGUGACCUGAGCGGGAACGAGUGUCAAGUUUCACCUUGCCUACAGGAGGGCACCUGUAUUAGUAGGCCGGAGGGCAUUUUAUGUGUCUGUCGCCCUGGAUACUCAGGGGCAUGGUGUGAAGUUAACAUUGACGAGUGCAUUUCAAAGCCUUGCCAAAAUGGUGGGAAAUGUAUCGACGAAGCCGAUCGAUAUCACUGCGUGUGCCCCAACGGCUUUUUCGGCCCCGACUGUGAGACCAACAUUGACGAAUGCUUGUCGGCACCUUGUUUUCAAGGGAGCUGUCACGAUGGAAUCUCUUCCUACACGUGUCUUUGUGAGGCGGGAUGGAGCGGCGGCAGAUGUGAAGUAAACAUUGAUGACUGUGUUAACAAUCGCUGUUUGAAUGGUGCAACAUGUAUUGAUGGUGAAGGGUUCAACUUUACUUGCAGCUGUCCGCCAGGUUUCACGGGGGAUUUAUGUGAAGUGGAACUUAAUGAAUGUGGCUCAUCUCCUUGCCACAAUGAUGCCAUUUGCCAGGACCUUAUUAAUAGCUACGUCUGCCACUGUCGGUCAGGUUGGACAGGCCUUCAGUGUGAGGAUGACAUUAAUGAGUGCCUUCCACAGCCCUGCAACCAGGGGAUAUGCGUUCAGGGUGAUCCGGGCUACGGCUACACCUGUUUCUGUCGUCCUGGAUUUGUGGGGAAGAACUGUGAGCACAACUAUGAUGAUUGCCUCUUAAAUCCAUGUCCAGAAGCAUAUUCCUGUGUAGAUGGCAUCAACAAGGUCACCUGCCUCCCUCCUGCAACGGAUGCUAUUCCCUUGGAGACUGCACUCAAGAACAUCACUCGCGGCUUUGCACCACGUGUGCAAACACCAACACUCAGCCCGUCGUCAGCAGCUGCGCAAUCCACAGAUUCAAAAUAUCUCCAGUAUUUUGGAAAUUCUUACCUGGAGUUUGAAGGGAUCCACCUCAGCAUCAUCAACAACGUAACUGUGAGAUUUCAGACGCAAGCGGACCGUGGAACUAUUAUGUAUGUGGGCCAAGGACCAGAUAAGAGAGAUUUCGUUUUCAUGGAACUCUUUGUCAUGGAUGGGACGCUACAGUAUGUCUUUUCCUGCAAUGGAGGGGAUGAUGCCGCUUGGAUUAACACACAAAUUCACGUUGAUAACGGCCAAGUACAGAUUGUCAACAUCAGGCAACACCUGGCUCCUUGUGAGGCGGAAAUAUUUCUCUCCGGCCAUGAAAAAAUCAAAAGUGCAGCAAGUAAUUUGAGGUUGGAACACAUGAUGCAAAGAACAAACCACAUAUUCUUUGGCGGUCUGCCACAACGGUACUUGGCCACUCAGACUCCAAGGCCUUUCUACAACUAUACCGGCUGCAUUGAAAUCCUUGAAUUUAACCAAGUCACAAGUUUGCACGCAUCUGAUGCGAUCACCAGCAGCAACAUCGGCACAUGCAGUGUCAACACAACCGGAGCUCCCGCUCAAGCAGCAAAACACUCCCAGCAUGAAAUUUGUGGUGAUGAUUUGUGCCUCAAUGGGGGAACGUGUCAUGAGAUGAAACACCCUGCCAACGAAACGCCUUCCUGCCUCUGCCCGCUUCAUUUUACUGGAACAUUUUGUGAGAAAGAGUCCAAAGUGUACGUGCCAUCUUUUGAUGGCACAUCUUAUUUGGAGCUGCAACCCAUGACAUCCAUUCCUCAGUCCUCGGACACCGACGAGAAUGCACCGCCCCCUGUCAAGGACACCACCGUUAUUCUCCAUUUGACUGUGAAAACUGGAUCUACACAAGGCACCCUCCUCUACACCCAGGAGCAGAAGUUUUGUGGCCACUUUGUUCACGUGUUCCUUCAAGACGGAAAUCCUGUUGCUGAACUUGGAUGCGGCGGGAAACAUGUCCUCAGUGUGGCCGCCAGCCAGACCAUCAACAAUAACCGAUGGAUGUCGGUGACAGUUCGAUACAAUCUGCCCACCAGCAAACAAGCAGGGUCAUGUAUGAUUGAAAUAGCAGUAAAUAAUGGCCCAGCUCAUCGUCUCCAGGAGUCUGUGUCACUGGCCAUGUCGGAGGGAACAUUUGGGCCUAUUUUUCUUGGGCUUGCGUCCUCCCAUUGGGAAUUGCAUGACGGGCUUGCAAAAGGAGGAUUUAUUGGAUGUAUCCGGCAACUUCAGGUAAACUCAAAGGAGAUUUUCCUGGUGGGUGAGGCCGUGAGAGGGAGGAACAUCAAGAACUGUGACCCACCUGUUUGCCAGCACCUUCCCUGUCGCAACGGAGGGACCUGUGUCAGCAAUGCAGAGGACUGGUUCUGCAAGUGCCCCCCACUUUACACUGGCCAGCUGUGCCAGUUUAUGACCUGUGACCGCAACCCCUGCAGUCAGGGGGCAACAUGCAUGCCAAAGUCGCCACUGGAGGCAGUUUGUCUUUGUCCUUAUGGAAGACAAGGCCUACUUUGUGAGGAAGCCGUCAACAUCACACGAGCCAGAUUCAGUGGUACUGAUGAGUUUGGCUACACGUCCUUUAUGGCCUACUCCAACAUUCCGAAUCUCGGCUUUUUCUACGAGUUCCAGCUGAAGUUCACGCUGGCCAAUCACUCGUCUGCUUUGAAAGACAACCUGAUCCUGUUUGCUGGGCAGAAAGGACAAGGCACUGAUGGCGAUGACUUCUUUGUUUUGGGCGUGCGGAAAGGGAGAGUCCUGCAUAAAUUCAAUCUCGGCUCAGGUAUAGCAACCAUGGUCUCGGAUCGACUGAACCUCCGCAUGGACAUCCACACUGUCACAUUUGGAAGGACCAACCAAACAGGAUGGCUGAAGGUUGAUGGACAAAGGAACAGAACCGGUUCAUCUCCAGGACCUCUGCGGGUCCUCGAUGCUGUCAAGCAACUCUUUGUAGGCGGAUAUAAUGAGUACAGCUCUGACCUGCUGCCACUUGGCUCCAGGUUCCAUCGCGGCUUUCAGGGGUGCAUUUUUGACAUGUACUUUCAAACGAGAAGAAAUGGAACAGUCCAAGAUCUGGGACAUCCCGCCUUUGGACGAAGCGUGGGUCAAUGUGGAGUCAAUGUGUGUGUUCAUGUUCACUGCAGGAAUGGAGGAACAUGUGUGGACUCUGGUUCAUCCGUGUAUUGCCAAUGCCCUUUCGGAUGGAAAGGAGCGCUCUGUUCGGAGACGAUGUCAGUGUGCGAUGACGCGCACGCUCCCCCGCCUCUGUGUGCCCACGGCUCCACCUGCAUCCCUCUUCCAAAUGGAUAUACCUGUCACUGCCCCCUGGGAACAGCAGGAGUCUACUGCGAGAAAGCUGUGAGAAUCAGUGAUCCAUUCUUCAGUGGAAAGCGUUCCUCCUGGAUGUCCUUCCCCCCAGUGAAUACGAGACAUCGGACUGUUUUACAAAUGCAGUUCCAACCUUUAUCACCUGGUGGCAUCCUUUUCUACGUUGCACAACAUCUUGGGAACAGACCUGGAGACUUCCUCUGCCUUUCUUUGAUGUCUGGCUUUGUCCAGCUGCGGUACAAUCUGGGGGAUGGUCCCCACGCCCUACAGACUGUGACGAGAGUAGACCUGCAUGCGAGGAGCUGGCACACCGUGAAGGCAGGCCGGAUCGGUCAGCAGGGCUUCCUAAUUCUGGAUGGCAAGGAAGUUAGAUGCAACAUGACCCAGGGGAUGAGCACCCUGGAUGUUGCCACCGACAUCUUUGUCGGGGGCGUCUCCUCUCUGAGCUCUGUGGCCACGGACGCGAUCGAAGGGGAGCCAACGGGCUUCACUGGCAGCAUCAGAGAAAUGAUUCUAAACGGACUUGAGUUGGAGUUGACGGAAAAAGGGGCUCUUAGUGGCGCAAAUGUCGAAGACCGGGAUGGAAGUGACUGUGGGUACAAGGUGUGCCACAAUGGAGGUCAAUGCAAGGCAACGGGGAAGGACGAUAUCACGUGUGACUGCCCACCGUCAUGGACCGGCCCAACUUGUAAUCAGUCUUUAAGCUGUGUCAACAACAUCUGUAAACAUGGCUCCAUAUGCUCUCCUGCUAGUCAGACAACGUACACCUGCAUGUGCCCCCUCGGAUGGGGAGGAAAGUACUGCACCAGAGAGGGGACAACAGACACUUUAAAGUUUGUCGGACGUUCUUACGUUAAAUACGUUGAUCUGAAAUACAGCAGGAGAAAUUUAAGAUCAACCCACGUUUCUUUUAUCUUCCUCACAAACACUAGCGACAGUCUAAUCAUGUGGAUGGGCAAAGGGGGGCAUGAAGAUGAGGACUUCCUGGCAGUGGGACUAGAGAAGGGAGGCCUGAAAGUUGCACUUAAUCUUGGGGAGAGGAUUUCCCUCCCGUUGAUUUCAAAAAGUCAGACACUUUGCUGCAACAAAUGGCACCAUGUUUCCAUUGUAAUAAACAGCACGGUCAUUCAAGUCAAUUUGAACAAUAAGAGAAUCAUCCUCGAGGAUGUGGACCCACAUGGGAGAUACGUAGCCUUAAACUACGGGGGGCAGCUCUACUUUGGGGGAUUUGAAAUGUUCACAAAUGUAUCCGUCGUGACAUCUGGACUGUUUUCAGGGGGCUUUGAAGGAAAUCUCCGAAAUGUUUAUUUGUUUGACGAAGCCCUUCUGUUUUCAAAAACGGAUGAGGGCUUUAAUGUUCAUAACGGUAAUUAGUAGUAGAAGGGGAAGUGGCUUUUGUGAGAAAGUGAAACACCCAGAUUUUUUAAUACAAUACAUGCUGAUUUAUAUUGCGCUUUCACAACCGCUGCAGAUGAUUUUUAACACUCUAGGAACAUAGGUUUCAAAAUCUCAGAACACAGACGUAACAAAACCUCCUCCUAAAAGUCAGCCUGCGGUUCGAGGGGUGUUCAAAAACUCUAGGCCAGCCAUGUCCAGCUCCGGGUCUGGAGGGCCACUGUCUUGCCUGUUUUCCAGCUCUCCCAACUGCAACACGCCUGAUACAGAUAAUCAGCUGAUCAGCCAGCUCUGAAGCAGCAUUAGAACAUUCCUGAUGAUUUGAAUCAGGUGUGUUGCUCCUGGCAGAGCAGGAAAACAGGCAAGACAGUGGCCCACGAGGACCGACUUUGGACACCCCUGCUCUAGGCCCUCCAGAGCAGGAAGACCUCCUUAUAAAACCCCUGAUUUUAAGGUAAAUCACCUUCUUAAUCAUGUCUUAUUAUCAUGGUGGGUGAGAUGUUUUGUGUGUGUGUGCGUUGCACUUUUUUUAUGUCGCCUCACUAGAAAGACUACAAUGGCAAAGGGUAAUGAUACUCAUCUUGGCCGCUCAUUACGCUUGGAACAAAACAGUUCACAAAUUAUCAGGCAAAUUAAGGCGAGUACUGUAUUGUAAAGUGAUUUUUCAAAUCAGGUGCUGAAAUAAAAUGUGUAGUGAUAAACAUAACCCUGUUCCAGCUUUUUUUAAAUUCAGCCGUAAAAUUCUAAGCCAACGAUUAUUUGCUUAAAAAAAAAGGUUUAAUCAGUUUGAACAUUAAAUAUUUUGUCCUCCCAACUUCAAUGGAAUUUUCUUUUGUAUGCAAAGA